GUCUCCGUCGCGGAGAUGGAGAACGCGGUGGUGCUCCGGGAGUGGUUCGACCGCGUCGACGCCGCCGGCACCGGCAACAUCACGGCUCCUCAGCUCCAGAGCGCGCUCGCCGUGGGCAACCUCGACUUCCCCCUCUCCGUCGUGCAGCAGAUGAUCAGGAUGUACGACUUCGAUCGGAACGGCACCAUGAGCUUCCAAGAGUUUUUGGCUCUUAACAAGUUCCUUCAGAAGGUGCAGGGUGUCUUCUCCACCCUAGAAAGGGGUCGUGGAUUUCUCAGCCUUGAGGAUGUGUAUGAGGCGUUGAUCAAACUCGGUUUCUCUUUGGAUUCACCUGCCUUCUACACUGUCUGUGAGAGCUUCGACAAGAGCAAGAAGGGGAUGGUUCGUUUGGAUGAGUUCAUAUCGAUCUGCAUCUUUGUGCAGUCAGCCCGUAACUUGUAUAGUUCAUUUGACACAACCAAGCAAGGGAAAGUGACGUUGGAUUUCAACCAGUUCGUCUACUGCACGGCGAACUGCAGGAUAUAGCCGUAUUGCCUGAAACUUGUAGUACAUGGAAGACUAAAAAAGAAAUGCCACCCUACACCGGAACCACAUGUGAAAGAAUGUUCUGGUGGCACAUACAUUUGGAAGUCCAAAUUCCAAGUCAUCAUUUGGUUUAUAUUCGUAGUGUUCAUCAGAUAUUAUGUGAUUUUAUUUAAUACCAUCCAGGGCUGUAUACAGAAACAAGAAAAAUGAGAAGAUGCUUAUGCAUGACUGUAUGCUUUGUGAUUCUGCAUCUGAAACCCAGGAACAGUACCAUGUUUCGAUUAUUA